UUUGUAUUAUCCAAUAUCAAUACACCUGAUAUUCAAAUGCUAGAUAUACAACCUCUUGUUGUACAGGAAUCAUUAAUUGAAUUAACUGAGUUAGAAAAGAAGAUCACUAAAGGAAUAUUACAAGCAGCCAUAAAUGGAGAAGUAAAAACCAGACCACCAGUAUAUCCAUUAGCUGAAUAUUCAUUAUUAUUAUAUAAUGAUAUGUUGGAUAUGUGA